AGACUUUGUGCGAGACAGGAGGCUGAGGGGCUUUCUGCGGGAGAUUUAAGUAGCGAUCUGGAAGUGCGGGCUGUGUUUGGGAAAUCAGCACUAUUGGGCAGUAUAAAGGCAAUGUAGGGGAGAGCCAUGCAGGCACCGUAGCAACUGAAAUUGCUCCCGAAGGUUGCAGCUCACUGACAGCAGGGGGGGUAUUCCAAUAAGUGUAGCACAGCUGGGCUUCUCUUGAGACCCCAAAACCGCCGGGGCCGGCACGACUGUCCCACUUGUCUAUCCCUGAUGGUGGCCCUAAUUACUUGUGGUAUUUAAUAAAUCUCAUAUCAUGGCAGAUGCACAUGCAGCAGCUAAAAUUAUUGCUUAGUUGUCACAAUUGUGGAUCAAUCUGAGGCCAAGCUGAAGUGUAUGCUUUUUAGUGGAAAUCAAGAAACUCUGCCAAAAAUUUACAAAGUUGGCGAUAUAGUACGAUUUCAUAGAGUAAAGGUGCAGCAGUUCAAUGGUGAACUUCAAGGAAUUAAUAGUAGUGGCUUUUCCUCCUUGGUAUUUGAUGGCAUUGUUGGUUCAUCAGUAUCUCCAAGAUCAACCAGUAAAUGUUACAGCUUUCAUCCACACAACGAUAAAGUUGUAGAGGUACUACGGCAAUGGGCAGCAAAUCAUCUGAAAGUUUUUGCACAGCAGAUUAAAAUUUCAGAUGUUCAGUCUAUCCAGUAUUUUGACCUUCUGUGCCAGCUUGUUGGGAAAGCAGAAGUUGACAAUUCGUCCUAUCUUAUUAAGGUAUGGGAUGGUACCAAAAAUAGUGCCUCUUCCUGGAAUGUCUUUGUUGAAGAAGAUGCCCUUGAAGGAGACCAAAAACGUAUCCAUCAGCUGCAGAGCCUGACUAUAGAUGUUCUUGUUUAUGAUAAUCAUGUUGAAUCUGCAAAAUCCCUUAAGAUCGGCAGCUAUCUUUUAAUUCAUAAUGUGCAUGCCAAGCUACAUACGCCAGGCAAAGAAAAUGAAGCAAAGAAUCCAUACUUGGAGUUUCAUCUUCAUGGAGGUACAUGCUUUGGACGAGGCAUUACUGUUUUGCCAGAAAACAACAGUGAUGUCCAAGAUCUUCAAAGGCUUUUAGUUUCUGUUCAUCAAAGCUUGGAUAAUAUUGCAUCACAAGAAAUCUGUAGCUCAUUACACCCUCCAUUAGCUCUCAAAGCUCAACAGGAUUGGCCAAUAACUCCACUAGCAGCAGUCAUAAAAAGCAAAGCUCCUCGGAAAUAUCGUAUCAAAGCAAGACUUAGAACUUACGAACCGCAAAAUCUUUAUCAGUCUGUUAAACUUUAUUGUGUUAAAUGCAACUCACUACAUAAUGUUCCAGAUGAGGAUAGUCUAGAGAAUGUUUUGCAAAACAGCUCCGAUUAUGAGGCAAUGGCUAGCAUGCAGAGUACAUCCUGGUACCAGUCUGCUGUGUGGAACACACAUAACCAGCAAAAUCGGCAUGUGGCUAUUCAUUUUGUAAAGAGACACGACAUUCUGCAGAACCCAGAGGAUACAUUAAUUAUGUUACAGGGUGGUACUCUUCAUGAGAUAUACAAACUUUCCAGACGUUUUGACAGCAUAAUCCCUGUAAAAGCCAUUCAAGGAAACCUAGAAAUAGAUAUUUCUGUUCCAUUUCUUAUUCAAGGAAACAGAUGGCACUAUGGAUGCAACAGAUGUUCUAAAAUUAAAAGUACAGAGAUGCUCCAAUCAUUAUCUCAGGAAAUAUCAUGGAAUGCUACAGAAAUUGCUAAAGUCUUGGGUAUUCAACCACUAAGGUAUGUCUUUAUUAUGAAAUUCACAUUUGAGGAUGAAACUGGGAAACUCAAUGCCUUCCUGUGGAACUAUUCUGAGCAGUUUUUUCACACCUCUGCUAACGAGAUUCUACUGGAUAACAAACUCCAAGAAAAGUUGUGCAAUAUUAUGGAUACAUUAAGCCCACCAAGAAAAACUAUUGGUGAAUAUCCGUGGUUAGAAUGCUGUAUCAAGUCCUACAAUACCACAAAUGGAGAGAGGAAACAGAUUUGCUAUGAAAUAUUUGACACUGAAGUAGUUGAAGAUGACUUAUGAGUUAUCCAUUAUCCAAUUUUUGACAGUAUAAUUGCAGGAAAUUAAUUCUAUUUACAUAUGGUGUUCUUUUAUGUAGAACAAUAUAACCCCUCCACUCUAGUUUCAAAGGAAAUCUGCACCAUCUUUAUAAGGCAAUGUUUUAAUGCGUGAUUUUUUUAUUUUCUAUUAUAUGCUAUAAAUAUUGUAUACUUUGUAUUUACAUGUUAUUUAAAAAAGCAAAAUGUAAAUAAAUCUAUGAAUAUCCACAAAUAAGUUAUUACCUGGAACAUUACAAAUAUUUAAUUGUAGCUGCCA